AACGAAACGAUCACCAGACCCGAAAACCAAGAAACGACUAUCACGACAACGACUAUCACGACAACGACUAUCAAUCCGCUAAACCCGCAAUUCUAAUGGGCAUAUUCGGUUUCUUCUCCAAACCCGAUCAAGACCCUCUCGAAGCCCACCUAAACGAGUACCACCGCCGACAACGGCCUGGACCCACCCCUCAUCGACAGUGGACGAGCAGCGGCGGUGUCCCAACCCGGAGCAAUCCAUCCUCUCGGCCCCCUUCCCGUAGCGCUUCCCGGUUCGGUCGCUCCCGCAAGGCCUGUCAUGCCCACAGCAACAGCAAUGGCAGCAACAAGGGCCCGUCAACCGCGUCGAUAGCCGCCGCGCUAGCUGCCCAGCAAACGGGUCCACUGCCGAAUUUCUUCUCGUUCGAACAGGGCUCCGAGCGCGCUCAGGGUCGGUACCAGAAUGAGUCAACUCCUUUGCUUGGGAGGUUCCGGGCCAUGCCUGGCGGGCCUGGUAGGAGGCGGGAGUCGGACGACCACCAGGGACUGUUGACGGCUGGGUGGAGGGGGAGCGUGCAUGUGGGCUAUGGCGCCUUGAUGGCCGCUGCGGCGGAGGGGGAUGAGGAGUACGACGACAGUGGGAGCGAGGAUGAAGACGACAGCGAGGGCGAUGGGAUGCUGGACUCCGGAUUCCUCGGCGCAGGCACGCUACAUGGAUCGACAUUAACGAGGAGGGUGAUGAUAAAAAAGCUGAACAGGGCUCGCAGGAGGCUUUAUUACACCUGGGUAGACCCGAAGGCUUCUGUGAUCAGGAGGGUGGUAGAGCAUUGGUGGAGCCGAUGGUUUGUCCUGGUAGUAUUACCGGCCAUUUUGGCUGUUGCGUGGUGCGCGAUACCCAUCCCACAAUACCCAAUACCGGACUACGACGACGGGCGCGACCCGACAACUCCACCGACAGUACCAGGCGAACAACCAGGGCGCAGAACUCCCGGCCACGGAGCGGCGCGAGUGCAGGUCAACUUCUGGUUCUUCCUCUUCGUCUACUAUAGCUUCUACAACUUGACGGCCCUAAUAUGGAUCACAAAAAUCUUCAACCUCUACAGUCUGAACUGGUGGCCACAGUCUCUCGGGUUUCCCCUUACCGUCUUCACGAUCGGCGUCAUCUCGCUAGCAGCACCUAUACCGCUCUACCUCAUCCCCGAACUGCGGUGGCUGAUUGUUCACAACACAGCAUGGAUUAGCUGGACCUUCGUCAUUAUGGCCAUGCCCGUCACCAUCGCUUUCUGCAUCCUCAUGACUAACGAGCGUCACCUCAAGCUACGACAUUCUCUUUCCGAAACUCAGCGUAUAUUCACAUCAUCGUGGUGGGCCGGCGAGUCCGGAAACAACAGCCGCCGUGAAUCGACGCGGCGGGCCGACACCGGGCUGGACGCCGCUGAGUUUGGGUUUGACGAGGGCCUCAACCGGAGGCCUUCGGUACCCGUCCGAAUAAGGCGCAGAUGGCUCCCGGCGAGCUUUGUCCGCUUCGUGUGGUUCUGCCUGGCCCUCUCAAUCGGCCUUCUUGCCUAUGUGAUAGGAGAGGCGUAUGCCGAGAUUUACCUGCGUACGCUUCCGCAUAACAACUUGGAGACCAUUGUCUAUGUCUAUGGAUGGGUAUCGACCGUGUAUCUUCUCGACGGGCUGACGGGUUGGAUUUUGGGUGGCAGCGAGGGCGAGAGAGUCGGAAGCUAUCCGUUAAGCUUUAUCUUCAAGCUCUACUUCAUGCUAACCUACCAAACCUACGUCCGCGCCCUAUACGCUCGCCUCCGCUCUCCAGAACAGUUCGUGAUGCUUCAAGUCCUCUCCUCCACGACCCUGAUCAUCGUCACACCCAUCCUCAUGUCCCGCCCCGUCCAUUGGUUCCUGACCAUCACCAACCUCAGCGGCCAAUCCUACGGCUCCUACCAGAAGAUCUGCAUCCGCAACGUCUUCAUCCGCUUCGUCGCCGAAAACGCAUCCAUGCUCGCCUUCUUGGGGAGCGUUGUCAUCCUGCACUUCGGCCCGAACAAGGACGUGUACCCCUACUUUGCCUUUGACGGCGAGCCGGACGACACCUCAGACUUCGACUUUGGUCUGACAUUCUAUGCCUCAAGCAUAACCUGGGCGUGCGAGUUGGCGGCGGGAUUCAUCGUGUCGGGUCUGAUUAGGCUUAUCUAUGGCGUCAAUGUUGUGACGGAGGGAAAACUUGAUUUUGCGGUAUGGCCCGAGUUGCUGCCGACCAGUGUGGCGGUGGUGUUGCAUGUGUUGCAGAAUAUGCUGUUUUCCAUUGUUCGGUUGCAGUUUCACUAAGAGCAACUGUUUGUUCGUUUUGGUCGAGUGGUUUGAUACCCCUGGGAUGGAUGCUGGGAACGUUAAAGGAGCGGGCGACGUGUUAUCGUUGAACGUGGACGUGGGAACAGUUGUUGGGUCGGUCGGUACAA